AUGAAUAGAUUCCGCACCAAGAAGAGGGCGAAGGAUGAUGCCGCCUCGUCCACGCCUCGGGCUUCCCAUGAAUCAGAGACUCCUGCCCCAUUUCGUUUGUUCGGCAAGGGGAAAAAGUCACAAGAAGAAGAGCCAAAGAAGGAACUGGACCUCGAAAACGCUCUGCCUCCCAGUGAUGAUUUUCGAACGAGUCUGCUCAUGACAGGGUUAUCAGCACGAUUUUCCAUGCUGAGAGAGCAGGAUGACCCAAACACCAAGAUUGGCAAGGCAAGUGACGAUAGCGUUUUAUUUCCCAAGCGCCAAUCGAGGAUGCUGGACUUUGGCUUUGGCAUCGGUGCAAAUGGAUUAUCAGAUAUCGCCGAGGUCGAAUCAAUCCGAAAAGAAGUACCCUUCUCUCGGAUGGACUCGUACCACUCAGCAGAUGGUAACUCCAUCUCGGGAAGCGUCAUGGACCGAGCCAAGCCAGGAGAGGGCAACAACCUAUUCGGCGGACGCCAGAAAGUGUACAAACUUGGUUCCGGUGCUAUUUCCACCAAGAACCUCGACGGGGGUGGCAUGAGUGGACGAGUAAUCUACGACGACGACGUCUCCAAGUCAGCCUUCCAGAAAUGGAGGCAGAGCGAGAAGUCCAAGCUGUCAUUUGACGACGAUCAAGAGCAGAAGCCCUCAAGCAUCGAUAUUCCCCGCGCCGAAUCACCUCCGCCCUUGGGGUACGACCGUAAGAGAGAAACCAACUCAACAACAUCAUCGACGCCGUCACUGGGACGCAACUCUACAGCAGCCACGUCUGUCAUGUCUCAACCAACAUCGGCAGCAAAGGACUGGCAGUCAAACCCGACCGCACCCAGCUCAGCGACAGGCACUCCCAAUCUUGACCGGAGCGUCACCCGCGCACGACGCCUCUACGAGACGGGUCUCAACCAUGAGCUCCAAGAACAACAAUCUUCAGCUCUUUCGCGAAUGGACACUCUAUCCCGGCAGCGAACACUCGGCAGUAAGACUCCUGAUCUCCAAAACGGACCUUCUCCGACGAGCAGCCUCUUCAGCGACCGGUUCGGCAACGAUAGGAGAAUCUUGGCAAAGGGAAGCGCCCCAAACUUGCGAUCCGUGAGUCCACCAACCAUGGGAUCACCGAUCGCCCCGAUGGAUCUGGGUAUCAAUGUGCCUUCGAACUCGGAACCCAAGUCCUCUUUUGGAGGUGCACCACCUUUGAGCCCCCCCAUUAGCGAAGGGGAGGAAAGCUCUAUCCUACCUAGCGAUAGGGGCAAAGCUACCGCCAUGGGCCUGUUCCAGAAGCCGCUUCACUCUUAUGACGAGUCGAGAUAUGCUCAGAGACAGCUCCAACUCCAGCAAGGCCGAGAGACGCCUACCAACAUGUUCCGCACUGAGUCUAACGCUUCUCAAACCACCGGCCGGUCCCGUUCAUCUUCGUCGGCUCAGAGGCUGCCGGCGGAGAAAUCUGAGCCGAUUAUUCGAACCGAGCCGACUGUGAAGGAAGAAGAGGCUGGACUGAGCUUCUAUGACGAUUCGCUUUCUCCGCAAGACGGCACGACCAACCCAGCUGCCGCAUUCUACAGCACUACAAGGCGGCCAGCUGAUCGCGACCAUCCCGCACUCAGGGACUUUGCCGUGCCGACGCCACUUUCUUUGAGCACUGGCGCUUCGGUGGAGCCAUCGCCUGUGUCCGAUCAACCUUUUACUGCUGUGUCCGCAGAGACGACAAGCUCACCACUAGACUCUCCAACGCUUCCAUCAUCCGCAGGCCUAAGCGGAAUGGUCCGCCAGCAUCUGAGGACUGAUAGUGCCAAUUCAUCCAUUUACGGCUCAGCACCGCAAACCUCCAAUUAUGCUUCUAGGUUCCCUUUCGACCCGUAUGAUUCGAAAUCUCUGGCCGACAUGGGAGUUAUGGCCAACCCUUGGGAACUUCAGUCCCCAGACUGGAGAAAUUCGACAUUCAACGAGAAGGAACAAGCGCCUAUCAAGCCGAAGGAACCGGCAGCUCCUGAGCCCAGCCCUCAGCCUCGACAAACGCUGCCGUCGGAGAAUCAGCCAAUCUCGGAGCGCAACACUGGAUCGAGCACAGAGAUGGAAAAAGAACAUGACGAGUUCGCCAACCAACUCGCUGACCGUGCGCGCCGGGUUCGUGAGAGGCUCACGUCGUAUGUCGAGUCGGACCGCGACAGCAGGUCCCUGUCACCUCACCCCGUCGAGCGCAUCAGAGAGCCAUCGUUGCCCCGCCCGAAUCCAUUGGGCAUUUUGAGACAGAAGACUAGCCGCGGCUCUUUGAUCGAUCGCAACCGCGAGAACCGCGUCGACAGCCAGCACUCCAAGGCUAUCAAGAUGCUUGGCCUGGCAACUUCAACCAUCAGCAGCGCUCCAAGCUCGAACAAGUCAAGCUUCGAAGAGAAGGAACCUCAGUCCACUGCUCACGAAGAACGUGAGAAGCCAGCAUUCCCCAGGGCUGAGACGGCCCCGGUCCUUCCCACGCAUGAACCGGAGAAGGACAAGGAGGACGAGUCAAUGCACGCUGGACUCCAAGCAUUUAGGCAAGCCAGGCGGCGGUUGAUGGAGGCCCAGAAGAGCCCGUCGAAUGUCCCUAUCAUGCCCGGUCAGGCGCCUGGCUCCGUCUCCGUUCCGAUGGUUGGCCCACCCGCAUCCAGGACCGCCCCCAACCGUGAGCGCACUCCCGGCCCGAGAUCACCGUCUCGCGAGCGCCGACCGCCUCCUGUCACCUACCAGCAGCGGGCACCUAGUGAGGAGCCACAGCCUAGCAACGGCCCUGGCCGAGUGCCGUCGCGCCCUCCUUCUCGGACUGAGCGGGUAGAACGUGACCGCAGCGGCUCUGAGGCUAGCAGCGGCGGCGACAGGCCUCACCGUCCUCCGCGCCUGCGUACCGGGACCGCCUCAUCACCUCACGAAGAGCGCGGAAUGGCGCCCCCUCAAGGGAGACCUCCAAUGCUGAACUCGCCAGGCCUCCCUGGCACUAACAUUCGUCGGUCUCCAAUCAUGCCUCCUCAGCCUUACCCGGUUGGAGCAUCCCAAGGAAAGCCUCUUGAUCGGUCUGCUUCCCAGGGCAACCUGGCUGUUCAGUACCGCCGUCGGGGCCCUGAUUCCGGCCAGCCCUCGCCCAUCUCCCCAAUGGCUCCUAUCCCUUCGCCGUCAAUUCCCGUCAGCCAGUCUACACCCGCUUUCGUUCCCUCCCGACGACCAUCCGCACCUCCUGUGCCAUCGCCCAACUCGGAAACUGCACUUGUCAGCCGCCUUGACGAGUCUAUGAAGAGGGUUGUCAGGAAGAAGGACAUCUCUGAGCCGACUUUUGUCUCCUCUACCUCCCGCGUUCCAACCGUGGCUCUCCCCGAGACGUCGGAGUCCCGUUCUAGAAGCGGUUCUAGGACGCGAUCCGGUAGCAUCCUGGGUGCCACCGCCUCAACGCCAAACCUUCAUGCCAGCGCGCACGCCAACAUUAACGCUCCGCCUGUACCUCCAAUCAACCCUAAGCGCCGCAACAUGAUCGGUUCGAUGAUGGGUCGCAGAGGAGAGGAGGACAUGGGCGCAAGUUCUCUUCACCUGCCCUUUUCACCGCCACCGAUCCCUAGCGAAUACGGCGGUGACAGCCACAGUGCAUUCUCCGUGAGCGACGAAGAGGACGGUCCCGGGUCUCAGCGGCGCCGACUUCGAAAGACCAUUAGCGAAGCCAACGGCAUGAACAUGCGUGCUCGGCUUACCCGGGGUAACAGCCCACCGAACAUGCCUGGACCCACGGCCAUGACAGGGGGCUUGAACAACGGAAACAUGCCUGGUGGCAUGAUUUAA